AUGGAUAAUUAUAAGAAAUACCUCUUUGAUGAGAAAUUUUAAGAACCUUAACCUCGUAAUACUUACUCAUUUUAAGCAUAAGAAAGUUAAGAGGAGUAAUAAAUAGAAUCAAACUUUGAUGAUGAGUAUAAAAGAGAUUUCUUAUAAAACUAAAUAAAAAAUGUAAAAGAAAAACUAAUAAUGAUGGGUUUUCCACCUUUGGGAGAUUUAUAUAGUAAUAAUAAUUCUGAAGUAGAUCUUACUGUAAAAUUGUAAUUAGAAAUUAAUAUUUUUUUUAUAGAUUAGUGGCAAUUAUUAAAUAAAGAAGAGAGGAUAUGGAUUUUAAAAAUAGUUAUCAUGAGAAAAUGAGUAAACUAGAAGCUGAAAAAUAAUAAUUAUCUUAGAAUUUAGAUAGGGUUAGUAAUAGUCGUAAAAUUCUUGAAUAAGAAAAUAAUAAUUUAUAGGCAAAAAUAAAAAGUGUUGAGAAAGUAUAAAAAGAAUAAGUGUAUAAAUUAUUACUAAAAUUAGAAACAAAUUAAUAACAGAGAAAGAAGAUUAUUAAAAAUAAUUAUCUAAAUUAUAAAGUCGUUCAACGUAAUUUGAACAUGAAUUAAAAUAGCGUGAUCUUGAAAUAUAAAAGAUUAAAGAACAUAUAAAAAAAUAAUAAGUUUCUAAAACAUAUAAGAAUAGUGUAGAGAUUACAUAACCUAUAGAAUAAGGAGGACCUAGUUUAUUUGUUGCAAAUGGAGAAUAUGAAUUUAGUUAAUUAGUAAUGAAAAAAUGGGAAGAAGUUAAUAAUAAACUUUUAAGAGAGAAUGAAUAAUUGAGAGAAAAUUUAAUAAAGAUUCAUAAUGAAUUAGGAGAAAUUCUUUAAAUAAGAAGAGAAGUUUAUAUAAAGAGAAGAAAAAUUGAUUUUGGAGAUGAAAACAUUCCUUAAGAUUUAGACAAUCCUUUAUAAAAUAUGCAUCAAUUUAAAACUGAUUUAUAUAAGGCUCCACUAGAAAGUAAUGGAAAAUAAGCUAUUUAAAUGCUUACAGAUAAUUUAUAGACCUUUAAGGAAUUAAUGAAGAAGUUUGAUUAAUAAUAUGAGUUAUAAUUGAAUGAAGAUGAUAUUGAAAUAGAAGGAGAAGGAGGAAAAAUAAAGGCUUGUAAAAAUCUAACAGAAUUAUUCAAAAAUUAUAAUUACAUAUUUGAUGCUUAAGAUAAAAUGAUUAGUUAAAUUAUCAAUAAGAGUUAAAAUUUAAAGAAAAUAGAUGAAUUGAACUUUAAUCUUAAUAGAUUCAAUAGAGUAUUAGAUGAUAGAUAGAUUGAUGAUGUAAAAAAAUAUUUAUAAGAUUAAAAAAAAUAUUUGGAUGAAUCAAAAAAUGAAAUGGAUAUGAUUAAGAAAUAAUUUUAAUAGUAAUUGAAAAAAAGAGAAGAAGAAAAAUAAAUAAUUUAAGUAUUAAAAUUAAGUUUUAUAUUGUUUAGAUGAAAAGAUAAAUGCUUGAAGAGACAAAUGAGAAGUUUAAAGAAAAUAUUAGAUUAUUAGAAAAUGCAAGUAGAUAGGCUCUUUAAUAACUUAAUUAAGAAAAUAAGUGA